AUGUCGGCCACGCCGUGGCUGCUGCUUCUCUGUCUCGCUGGCGCCGCCGGUGGAGGCGUGCUGCAAGCUCGCGCCCAGCCUGACAGCAAAGGAUUCAUAACCAUAGACUGCGGCCUCGAGGGGGAGUCGGGCUACGAGGGCGAGACAACCAAGCUCUCCUACGCCCCGGACAACGGCGACUUUACCGACGACGCCGGCACCUGCCACAACAUCUCGGCCGAGAAUAUCACGCCGUCGAUGGGCACGACCUGGUACAACGUGCGCAGCUUCCCCGCCGGCGCCCGGAACUGCUACACGCUCCGCUCCCUCGUGCCCGGGCUCAAGUACCUCGUCCGCGCCAGUUUCAUGUACGGCAACUACGACGGCCUCAACCGGCUGCCUAUCUUUGACCUCCACAUCGGCGUCAACUACUGGCACACGGUAAACAUAUCAAGUCCAGAAGCGGCGAAGAACGUGGAGGCCAUCGUGGUGGUGCCGGACGACUUCGUGCAGGUCUGCCUGAUCAACACCGGCGCCGGGACGCCAUUCAUCUCUGGGCUGGAUCUGAGGCCGCUCAAAAACACGAUCUAUCCGCAGGCGACCAAGGCGCAGGGGCUUGUUCUGUUAGCCAGGUUCAACUUCGGCCCGACCGACAAAUAUGAUGUCAUCAGGUAUCCCGAUGAUCCACACGACAGAUUCUGGUUCCCUUGGGUCAACUCAGUACUAUGGAGAGAGAUGUCAACAACGAGAAAGGUGCACAACAUGAACCCAGAUCUCUUUGAGGCGCCGCCCGCGGUGUUGCGGACAGCGAUCAGCCCACGGAAUGACAUACAAAUUCAAUUCUCCUGGGAGCCCCAGCCCCAGCCCAACGAUCCGUCGCCAGCAUACUUCAUCAUCAUGCACUUCACUGAGCUACAGCUCCUCCCAGCCAAUGCCACGCGCGAGUUCUACAUCAACCUCAACGGCGAUUUGUGGGACCGAGACGCUGUCACGCCAGCGUACCUCUAUAGCGGCGUUUACUACAAUACCUUCGCCUCCCGGAAGAGCCAGUACAACAUCACAAUCAAUGCCACUGCCAACUCGACGCUACCACCGAUCAUCAACGCUGUUGAGGUGUUCUCCGUCAUCCCGACCACCAACAUUGCCACGGACUCCGAGGAUGUGGCCGCUAUCAUGGCGAUCAAGGCGAAGUAUCAGGUGCGUAGAAACUGGAUGGGUGACCCUUGCGGUCCUGGGACUGUUAUGGUGUGGGACACUUUGACAUGUAACUACACCAUUGCAGGGCCUCCAAGGAUUAGAAGAGUAGACCUAUCCUCCAGUGGUCUGAACGGUGAUAUAUCAUAUUCUUUCGCCGAUCUUAAAGCUGUCCAAUACUUAAAUCUAUCAACCAAUAACUUGGUAGGCUCAAUUCCAGAUGCUCUUUCACAAUUAAGUUCGCUGACAGUUCUAGAUUUGUCCGGCAACCAACUUAGUGGAUCUAUCCCCUCUGGACUUCUCAGGAGAAUCCAGGAUGGUUCUCUGAAUCUAAGAUAUGACAACAAUCGAGACAUUUGCACCAACAACAAUUCAUGUAAGCCCAUUAAAACAAAGAGCAGGUUGGCCAUGUACAUUGCUAUACCUGCAGUUGUGAUAGUGUUGAUAGCAGUGGUAGCACUAAUCUUUCGCUUUAUAAGACGAAAGAAACAAGGUAAGGUAUCGGUAAGAAACAAACGCUCUGUGAAGCCCCAGAACAAUAAAAUGACGAGCUAUGCACCAGGAAACGAUGUCUACACGGACAAUUCACUGCUGUUGGUUGAGAAUCGCCGGUUCACAUAUGAGGAGCUCGAGAUGAUUACAAACAACUUCGAGAAAGUGCUAGGCCAGGGAGGGUUUGCAAAAGUCUACAACGGUUUCUUGGAGGACGGUAGCCAGGUUGCAGUGAAGUUGUUGUCUAAUUCUUCUAUUGAAGGUGUGAGCGAGUUCCUCGCGGAGGCUCAGAUUUUGACCCGCAUUCAUCACAAGAAUCUUGUCUCUUUGAUUGGCUACUGCAAAGAUGGGGAUUGCAUGGCACUUGUCUAUGAAUACAUGUCAGAAGGUACCCUGCAGGAACAUAUUGAAGGAAGAAAAUACCAUGGAGGAUGUUUACCCUGGAAACAGAGGCUCCGAAUCGCACUUGAAUCAGCUCAUGGGCUAGAGUAUUUGCACAAGGGUUGCAACCCGCCUCUGAUUCACAGGGAUGUGAAGGCCACAAACAUCCUCUUAAAUACGAUGAUGGAGGCCAAGAUUUCCGACUUCGGCUUGUCUAAGGCUUUCAAAGGUGGCAGCCAGCACGUGUCCACGGAAAAGGUCGUCGGCACGCCCGGGUACGUCGAUCCUGAGUACCAUGCCACAAUGCAACUGACGGCCAAGAGCGAUGUCUACAGCUUCGGUGUCGUGCUUUUGGAGCUGGUUACAGGGAAGCCUGCCAUACUACGAGAGCCGGAGGCAGCACCCAUCGGCAUCAUUCAGUGGGCACGGCAACGUAUGGCGCGGGGCAACAUCGAAAGUGUCGUGGAUGCACGCAUGGGUGGCAUUUACGAUGUCAACAGCGUUUGGAAGGUGGUGGAAAUCGCGCUUAAGUGCAGCGCGUAUGCAUCGAUACAACGACCUACCAUGACCAAUGUUGUGGUACAGCUGCAAGAGUGCAUCGAGCUCGAGGAGGGACCCGCCGAUGAAGACGUGAACAGCAGUUUCUACACUGGUGAUAGCAGUGACAACCCAAACUUGAGUUAUGAUGAGUACGUCUCUGAUCAGUCCACCAAUAUGAGUCAGAGCAAAAUUUCAUUUCCAAUGAAGCAUGAUGUUAAGGGGGUGGCUGCAAUGCCAACCGGUCCUACUGCACGUUGA